GCCGGCCUCCCGUUUCCCAGAAUCCAAGAUGGCGGGAUCCAGGCAAAGGGGUUCCCGGGCCGGAGCUCGGCCGCUGUUCUGCGCUUUGCUGCUGUCGCUCUGUCGUUUCGUCGGGGGCGACGGCGUGGGAGGCCACCCGGCAGCUGCCGGCGCCACGGGCACCCCAGGCGCGCAGCCACAUCGGCGUUUCGAGUACAAAUACAGCUUCAAGGGACCGCACCUGGUGCAGAGCGACGGAACCGUGCCCUUCUGGGCCCACGCGGGGAAUGCUAUUCCAAGUUCAGAUCAAAUUCGAAUAGCACCAUCUUUAAAAAGCCAAAGAGGAUCGGUAUGGACAAAGACAAAAGCAGCCUUUGAGAACUGGGAAGUUGAGGUGACAUUUCGAGUGACUGGAAGAGGUCGGAUUGGAGCUGAUGGCCUGGCAAUUUGGUAUACAGAAAAUCAAGGCUUGGAGGGUCCUGUGUUUGGAUCAGCUGAUAUGUGGAAUGGUGUUGGAAUAUUUUUUGAUUCUUUUGACAAUGAUGGAAAGAAAAAUAAUCCUGCAAUAGUGAUUAUAGGCAACAAUGGACAAAUCCAAUAUGACCAUCAAAAUGAUGGUGCUAAUCAAGCUUUAGCAAGUUGCCAAAGGGACUUUCGUAAUAAACCCUAUCCUGUCCGGGCAAAGAUUACGUAUUACCAGAAAACAUUGACAGUAAUGAUCAAUAAUGGCUUCACACCAGACAAAAAUGAUUAUGAAUUUUGCACCAAAGUGGAAAAUAUGAUUAUCCCUGCACAGGGGCAUUUUGGAAUAUCUGCUGCAACUGGAGGUCUUGCAGAUGACCAUGAUGUCCUUUCUUUUCUGACUUUCCAGUUGACUGAGCCUGGGAAAGAGCCGCCUACACCAGAUAAAGAAAUUUCUGAGAAAGAAAAAGAAAAGUACCAGGAGGAAUUUGAGCACUUUCAACAAGAAUUGGAUAAAAAAAAGGAGGAAUUCCAGAAGGACCACCCUGACCUUCAAGGGCAGCCUGCAGAUGAAUUAUUUGAGAGUGUAGGAGAUCGUGAGCUGAGACAAAUCUUUGAAGGACAGAAUCGUAUUCAUCUUGAAAUCAAGCAGCUGAACCGACAGUUAGAUAUGAUUCUUGAUGAACAGAGAAGGUAUGUCUCUUCCUUGACGGAGGAGAUCUCUAAAAGAGGAGCAGGAAUCCCAGGGCAGCAUGGACAGACCACUCAACAAGAACUGGAUACUGUUGUGAACACUCAGCAUGAGAUUCUGAGACAAGUAAAUGAAAUGAAGAAUUCCGUGAGUGAAACUGUCAGACUGGUCAGUGGCAUACAGCAUCCUGGAUCUGCAGGGGGCGUUUAUGAGACAACCCAGCACUUCAAUGACAUCAAAGAGCACCUCCACAUAGUGAAGCGGGACAUAGAUAACUUAGUGCAGCGAAAUAUGCCAGCAAAUGAAAGACUGAAAUGUCCAGAACUACCGCCAUUUCCAUCGUGUCUGUCUACGGUGCACUUUGUUAUAUUUGUAGUGGUACAAACGGUGUUAUUCAUUGGUUAUAUCAUGUAUAGGACUCAGCAAGAAGCAGCUGCCAAAAAAUUCUUCUGACACGAUUUUCACACGUGUGCGUCAUGUAUGAUUCUUCUGACAUACAUGUGUGCAUCAUGUAUGUAUAUACAAAAUGCCUUUUUGAGGGAAUUGAAGUAUUUAAAUUGCUUCGUAGUCUAAAUUAUUAAAUUUUGUAUAAAAUAACUGUUUAAACAUUGACUUGAAUAAAGACAACCAUAUGUAAAUUUGUGCAUAGUACAUAAAUCUAUUUAAAUUUCAGUGAAUUUCCGGCCAGUAGAAUACAGCCACUGAACAGAAUAUUGGUAAAUCAGAGGGUAAAUAACAGAAAGGGGGCACCCCCGUAUAUGAAAGUUACCCCUAAGUCUCUGAUGUUGGAAGUUUCUAUCUUUAGCAUAAGCACCCUUGCCCUCUUGCCCCCCGCCAAAAUAAGAGGUCUGAGAGCUACCCAUCGUGUUUAUUCUGUAACCAAAGCCUUUUUUUUAGAGGCCAGGAUUUCCUGCUCGAAGACUCAGUCCUGCAGUCCUUGAGCCUAAUACAGCUCCCUUUGAAAGCAAAGAAUGUUUUGUCUGAGGGCGUUAGGAUCUGGAUAAUAGGCUUCAGAAUGUUUAUUGAAGUAUUUUUUCCCUUCUGAUUAUCAAUGAUAUAUUUCACUUUUAAAGGAAGUUGGAGGGGAGAAUUAAGAGCUGCUUUUUGCCUGCAAACCCGUUUAGGUGACAGCAUUCCUCUGACAAUGGUUUUUAUGGGUAUUUUACCUAGUGAUGUGUCCAUUUCGUGAUUGCUCAUAUUCUUGAAUGUCUAUGUUCCAACAGUGUCAGUUCAAUAUUAGGAAAAUUACUCUGCGUUUAUAUCUCUAAAUUCAACUCAGAUUGCAUGUCCUGAGUAUAUUUUAAGGUCAUUAAAAACUACCACUGCAUUCUGACUUACAUCACUCCAUGCAACCUGGCGAUUGUGAUGCUGCAUAUUUGUGGAAAUCAAGAAGGCAGUAGUAGAAGCAGUGUUAAAGUUUUUGAAGGCAAAAUUUGAAAAAUAGUGUUAGUACUUCUGAUUUCUUUCUUUUAAUGCCAGAACUAAGGAUAUGGUGAAGCACUUGUUAGUAAGUUAACUUUGAAACAUCAGGCUGGAAGGGGUUGUUGUACAUAGUUCUAGGUAUAGUAGAAACAAUCUGUAAAUGACAUUUUGUUUUCACGACUGAUGUAGACUUCAAAAUAUUCUUUUACUUUACCUCUCUAGCUAGCUAAAACGAUACCUUUCAUUUGUCACAGAAUCGAAAAUAGUACCGUUUUGUAAACAGCACUAUCUGAUUCUUCACAGCCUUCAUAAAUUUGCUCUUAGUUGUCAUUUACAGACUGGACUAACUGCUGAAAACCCAUACAAAGGCUCUAAAGAGCUCUGCAUUAUAGCAGUACCUAACUAGCACUACAUAUGCAAACGGUCCUAGCACGGCUUUCUUACAGUAGCCUUUAUCCCGGAACGCUGAAGGGGAACAUUCUAACGAUCACUCUCAUACCAACAGCCACUCCAACACAGAACUGCUUUGCUAGCAUUUUUCCUUGUAGUGUUAGCAUUUUGAAAUUCAUAUUUCAGAGACAUGAUCAUCACAGAAUUUACUCUUAUUCCAUGAAAAAAAAUUAAUACCUUCAGAAGAAUGUUUCAGUUGUAGACUAUGAGACUUGGAAAUCCUCUUGAGAUAAAAGGUUGCGAAAUACCCAGUAUUAUAAAAUCCAUGGUCACGUGUGCCUGAACUUAAAGAAAUGUUAGACCUAUGCAGUAUACGAGCAUGAACCUUCUUUUCUUUCGUACUGAUUUAAUUUGCUGAAAAUCACUCAGUAAAUCGGUUCAUACAAGUUACCAUAUUAUUGGAAAUUUGGUUUAUUUUCCUCAAAAUCGUCAACUUUAAGUAGCUCAUUUCUGUAGAAAAAUGUUUUCUCUGUGGAAAAAUCAGUCACUGCCAGGAUUCUUUCAUUUCUGUACUAUUUUAUAUAAUUGAAUUUAACUUCUCUCACACCAGCAAGUAUUUUACAAGUGCCUUGGAUUAAAACAAAAUUGAUUUUACAAUUUUAGUGUAAGUCUUUGUGCUUAUGCCACUUUAAAAAAGAAAUGCAAUUAUAUUCAAUAUAAUGGUUAAUACUCUUAUUUAAUGUAACUCUUCGUGUUGUAAUUGUUUGAAUGUUUUAUUCAGCUUGAAACUCUAUGAGGCCACAAUAUUUUGUUAUGUAUUAAAGGGAUAAUAGUGUUUCUCAGAGUGUGGUCUGUGGUCCAUUUGGAUCCUGGAGUGCUUGUUAAGAAUACCGAUUCCAGGCUCAGCUCCAAACCACCUGAAGCAGAACUCAAGGGUGGGGGCUUCAGAAUAUCAGUAUUCAGCAGGCACCUCAGGUGAUUCUGAGCACACUGCUGUUGAGAAGCGCUAAGAUGGGGGGUGAACAGGAGUCUCUUGUUAACUUCAAAGCUGAGCUGAGAGCCGAUGUAACGUUUUCAUUGUCAAUGACAUUAGCAAAUGUGCACUGAUUCUCUUAUACUUACAAUUUUUUACUUAAUGUUCUUUUUACUAAAACUCCUGGUUUAUUACAAUUACAAACUAAACCCAGAUUGCUGCUUGUAGCUCUUGGUACUUUGGUUGACAGCUCUUAAACGUACAAAAGCAUCUUCAGAUCAUGGUCAAGCCAUAAAAACCCCCAUCUUCAAGAUGGCCUGCUAAAGCUUUUUGCUUUGCUGAUUGUGAUUUUUGUGACAUUUUAUCUCAGACAGUUGUACUUUUUGAUAACUUGGGGAAAACAAAGAUUACUUGAAUAAGAGAUUGCCUGACCCGCUGCGUUGCAGAGAUACAAUCCUUGUAAAGAACAUGAGUGACAGUUGUGAAUAUUAAGAUGUGAUUAUCUUUUCCUGUCCAUGUGCUUAUCGCAGGGAGAUAGUGAACAAAUGGUUAUAUUGGGGAUUUUUUAAUUUAUAAGAUCUAAUGUAAAAUCACCACUUGCAACUUUUUAGAUCUGUAUGUUGCCUGUUUAAUAUAUUUCUUUUAAAGUUUAAAAGGGUUUUCUAUCCACUGUUGAUUUCAAUUGGAUAACAUUUUGUCAAGUGUUUUUUUCUGAUUGUUAAUUUGAUGCUAGCUGGAAUUCAAGAAAUGACAUUGACCUUAUUCAAAUAAAGAAAUAUUUUAGUAAA